AUGACAAAGAUGAACCACUCCCUAUGGCAAGACGAGGCAGGCGUGCCAGGUGUCAUCCGAGAGAGUCCGAUUCCCUCUCAAAUUGCCGAUGAACAGAUCGUGGUCCAGGUGCAUGCCUGGGCGAUGAACCCGGCCGACGCCAUAGUCCAGGACACUGCCCUGCCAUUCAUCAAAUACCCCCUGAUCCUCGGAGAGGAUAUCGCCGGCAUCGUGGAGAGCGUGGGAUCAGUAGUCGCCACCAAAUUCCAACCCGGCGAUCGCAUUCUGGGCCUUGCUCUCGGCGCAGGCGUGGCCAAACCCGAGCUAGGCGCCUUCCAGGACUACGUGAUUCUCGACUACAGCAUGGCAUGUAAGAUCCCGGAGAGCAUGUCCUUCACUAAUGCAUCCGUGUUCCCGCUCUGCAUUGCGACGGCCGCAUACGGCUUGUUCUCCAAAAACCAUCUCGGCCUGCCGUUCCCGACGACCAGCACCACCCCCAACAGCACAGGAAAGUCCAUCCUCAUCUGGGGCGGCAGCUCGGGCGUCGGAAGUAAUGCAAUUCAGCUGUGCAAAGCGGCCGGCUUCGAGGUCCUCACCACAUGCUCCGCCCACAACUCCGAGUACGUCAAGGAUCUCGGUGCGGACAAGGUCUUUCACUACACCGAUGCGGAUGUAAUUGACCAGAUCGUCACAGAGCUAGACAAGGGUAAAUGCGUUGGUAUUUUCCAAGCGGCGGGUGAGCCUGGCCCGUCCUGUCAGGUUGCACACAAGUCUAAGCAAAUUCUGCGCGUGGCUGCCUCAAACCCUGUACCUGAGGAUGCGGUUCCAGAGGGUGUUGAGGCAAAGAUGAUAUUUGCCUCUGAGGGUGUUGUCAUCUACCACGAGACUAGCCUGGCUACUUUUACUGGCUAUUUGCCCGAAGCGCUGGCCCAGGGGACUUACCAGGUGGCUCCUUCCCCGGAGAUUGUGUCAACUAUUGGACUUGAGGGAAUCCAGGAGGCACUGGAUCUGUUGAAGAAGGGCGUUUCGGCAAAGAAGCUGGUGGUAGCGGCGAAGUAG